UCAAAAUCCACAAAUGCACAGGAUGCACAAAUGCACAAAGCAAUCCACAAAUGCACAGGAUGCAAUCCACAAAUGAAUGCAAGAUAAAGUUGUGCUUGUGACAUAAAAACAUAUUUGUAAAAUACAUUUUUAUCUGCAAAUCUCAUUUUAUUUAUGUGUCAAUUUAAUUUAAUUUUGUGAAACUACUAACUACUAUAUUUGUGGAUCUCAUUCAAUGCAUUUCUCAAUUGUUUAAUAUUUGUAAAUCUCACUACAUUUAUUUGUGGAUUGUAAUUUAUUAAUUUGGAAUGAUGAAGCAAUUCUAACCCCAUAAAAUACAGACCUAUCAGAGAGAUAGCAGAAAGUUUAUGAGUGGCCAAAUCAAGAGAUAGCAGAAAGUUUAUGAGUGGCCAAAUCAAGAAGAGUUGUCAUGAAUAUGAAUAAAUAUGAGUGGGUGGAGCUGCAUGUUAAGAUAUCAGAGACAAUCUCAAAAACACAACACUGACAUUUAUUUCUAAAGCUAGAGGUCUGAACUAAACACUCAGGAUAACAAUGUUAUUCUUCAUUUUGUUUUUCUUCACUAUUGCUGAUAUUGGUAAGUCAUAUACAUUGCACAUGACUUGUUUUAAAAUGCACGUUUUAAAACGCACAAAAAGAGCAAUUAUUUAUUUAUAAGAGUUUAUUAUUAUUAAAUGGUCAUGAUAUUUUAAUAUCUUUAUAGCAGAGGCUGCUGACAACAGCAUUAAACCAGAACAAACCACCAUGUCUGUAAUUGAAGGCAGCAACACCACACUCUCCUGCACAUAUACUGGAUCAGCUUACAGUCUCCACUGGUAUCGACAAAAACCUGGAUCAAGACCAGAGUUUCUGCUUCUGAUUGAUAAAGCCAGUGAACAUGUCACACAGGCUCAACCACCUCAUCCACAUCUGUCAAUAAAACUUGAUGAAAAGAAUACGAAAGUGGAUCUGCUCAUCUCCUCUGUUACAGUGACAGACUCUGCACUGUACUACUGCGCUCUGAGGCCCACAGUGACAGGAAAACCAACUACACUGUGCAAAAAGCACUACACCUACCCCCCAGGCCUGAAUGCUCUACAUGACUCAAUCCCCCCGCAUCUGUCUGUUGAAGUUAAUGAAGAUAAACAAGUGGAUCUGCUCAUCUCCUCUGCUGUUGUAUCAGACUCUGCACUAUACUACUGUGCUCUGGAGCCCACAGUGACAGGAAAUUCAAUCACACUGUACAAAAACUUUGACCAGUUUUGUUACUCUAAAGGCUGAUUAACUACCAAAAUAAAAUAAAAAUAAAAACACAUACAAAAACACUUUGCAACAG